CGUGUUGACGCAGUGGGGUUUCUACGUCUGGUCGGCGUUUCCCCCCGCCCCUCCCGCGGUGACGGCGAUGGGUAGGAAGCGGUGUGUUGGUGCAGAUUGUUCCAAGAUGGCGGCCGGGUGCUGCGGGGUGAAGAAGCAGAAGCUGUCGGGGUCCCCCGGUUCGGGGGGUCUCUGCGGGGCGGGGAGCGGUGGAGCUGGGACUGGACAUUGCGGCUCAGACCUGGGGAUCGGCUCCUCGUCUGCAGUGGCGGCUGGGAGCGUGAAUCGGGUGAACGGCCUGGGGGGUCCGGGUUGUAGCGUUAGCGGCAACAGCAACGGGCUGUCCUCAACUCCGGGGGGCUACAGCACUACUGGUCUCUCCUCGAACCUAAGCCCCGGACCUGGCUCUGGCAGCGGGGGCAGGAAGAUGGUUGUUUCGGCGGAAAUGUGCUGCUUCUGUUUUGACGUUCUCUAUUGCCAUCUAUACGGAUACCAGGCUCCUCGGACACCGAGGUUUACCAACGACCCAUACCCGCUGUUUGUCACGUGGAAGAUUGGUCGUGAUAAGCGAUUGAGGGGUUGUAUAGGUACUUUUUCUGCCAUGAACCUGCACUCUGGACUCAGGGAGUACACACUUACCAGUGCCCUUAAAGACAGCCGCUUUCCCCCCAUGACGAGGGAAGAGUUGCCACGGCUUUUCUGCUCAGUGUCUCUGCUCACCAACUUUGAAGAUGUUGGUGAUUACCUAGACUGGGAGGUGGGUGUACAUGGCAUUAGGAUAGAAUUUUUCAAUGAGAAAGGAUCAAAGCGCACUGCCACCUACCUGCCAGAGGUUGCAAAGGAGCAAGGUUGGGACCACAUUCAGACCAUAGAUUCCUUAUUGCGAAAGGGCGGUUACAAAGCUCCCAUCACUAAUGACUUCAGGAAGACCAUAAAAUUGACCAGGUAUCGUAGUGAAAAGGUGACUAUAAACUACACGGAUUACAUCAGCCUUCGCCAGCAGCACCAUCACUACCAGAACGGCAUUGGGCACCCUCUCCCCCCAUACAACCAUUAUUCCUGACAGCGAGCCGCAUGACCAGUCACUGGACCUCUUCCCAGGAGAGCCCGCCCCUUCCUGGUCUAGCUAUCUCUACUACUGUACCAUUUUAUGAUGAUAGUUUCCGUUGCCAUGGCGUUGGUCGCACAACCUCGGCAUGGCAACGGGUGGCAACUCCAUCAUAUCAAAUUAUGAUAAACACACAUUUCUCAUUUUUAUUUUGUGUUAUAAGUUACUGAGUUUU